CGGAGGUGAGCGGGAUUACCAACUUUCCACCUGGGCGGGAUUCGCAGCCCGGUCCGAGCUCGUCUUCUCCGGGGGGUCAGACAGCAGAAGCGUCGGGCCAGCGGAGGGAGGCAGGUGCUGCUGCCAAGACUCAACCAGCCACUCGCUCUCUCUGUCUCAGUUCGUGGUGAGGUUUUUGAAAAGGCAGCUGGGGUCCAGUUUACCAAAAGGACAGAUACAGGAGACGCUGGUGCAGCUUUUUGAGGAUUUGAUAUGCAGAGGAACAUACAUGAUGCUAUCAGGGGACUGAUACUCUGAGAGGGCAACUGUUCCUUGCUAAAACUGGGGAUGAGCUAAAAUUGUGAAGAAGGGUGCAUAUUUCCACCGUGAUGGACUACAACGACUCCUACGCUCUGCUCUCCGGAGAAAACCUCAUCUACGUCAUCACUGUGCCGUUGUCAACCUCCAUCAUCUUGGCCAACCUCUUCAUCAUCUUGGGCAUCUCCUGGAACCGGCAACUCCACAACACACCCAACUACUUCUUUAUCAGCCUCUUGGUGGCCGAUCUGUGUACAGGUGUGGCACUGCCCUUCAUUCCUUUAAUGGGCCUGAACCGAGAGUUGAGUUUUAGCUCCUGCCUGGUCGCCCAUGUCUUUCCAAAUUUCCUCUUCUUGGCGUUCCUCUUCAACCUGGUGAUGGUUCACUAUGAGCGCUUCAUUUGCAUCGUCGACGCCCUGCACUACAACAACUUAUGGGUGCAUCGCAGUUUUCCUUUGGCGUUGCUCAUGGUGUGGGCGCCGCCGCUUGUUUUUGCAUCUCUGCCUGCAUUUGGGUGGAAUAACUGGACAGGCCCAGAUUGGGAUGAUUGCUGCACCAGCAAUCAAAGUUUAGCAGCGCUUUCAAACUGUUCAACAAACGGUACCGCCUGCUGCUCGUACAGGCGAGUCUUCCCCAAUGCUUUCAUCUAUUUGGAGGUGUAUGGACUGGUUUUACCUGCCAUCAUCGCCAUUGCUGGCAUGACAGGUCGUGUCUUGUGGAUCACCAGAGGCCAGCUGAAGAACAUUUGUCGCCUCCACCGUUCGGUGGAGCGUGGCAGCCAGGCCUCGGACCGGGAGCAGAGGCUGAACCUGCGGUACACUCGCUGCGUGGUGGCAGUGUCGCUAACUUUUCUGGCCUGCUGGGUACCGUACAUCAUCUACAUGCACGUCUGCAUCGCGUUCCUGAUCUCUGACACCAAGUGGAGCUCCACCACACACAUCGUGCUGUCCUGCACUGGCAUUGGGAGCAUGGCCGUGGUGCCGCUGGUGCUCGGAUUGGCCAACAAGCAGUACACAGAACCGGCAAACAAGCUCCUGCAGAAGCUUGGAGACAGAUGGAGACAGCGCACACAGAGAUCAGAGGAAGUUGCAAUCUGAAGGAUAGAAAGAUAAAUUAAAAAACUUACGACAAUGAUUCUGCAGGAAAUGUGACGCUGCUGACAGCUGCCAUCUGUCAAAGGAGAAAAACACUGAGUCAGUUCUGAGGCAACUUGUAUAUCAAUUUUUUCUUGUACAUUAUUUAACCAACGUUAACAUAGGUUUCAAAAUAUCCUUUUUGAGUGCUUUAUGCAAUCUGUAGCAUUACUAGUAGAGACUGUAGUGCCUGUCUUGCACUCUUGUCAAUUCCACAAAAUUACUUCUUUGUCUCUUUGUGAUUUGUGUACAAAGGCUUUGACAAAUUUCAAUAUUAAGUAUUGUUUUUGCAGGUUAUAUGAAUAUGGCGAGAGGCAACAAGCACAAUGAAAGUGAACUUUUCAUUUUAUGUCUGCAAGAACAACCUGUUCAAAUCACCAGGAAACUAAUUAAAUCACACAAAUUGAAAAAGCCAGCUGUUCUUAUUCAAUCAUUUGUUGUAAAAAAAGUGUCCUGCUCGCAGCCUGGAAGCUAAUUAAACACAGUUAUUUUGAGGUAACUGUUAAUGUCAGGUCGCACUUGUGAUGUUUAUGUACUGUUCUUCAGCAACUGCGAUGUGAUUCCUCAUCAAUGAAGACGUUGGAAGA